AGCCUACUUAAAUGUUGAGAAGUCAUGGGAGCAGGUCCACGAAGCCAGGAGAACCAAGGAAAGGCUUCUGCCUCCGAGGUUACCUGACUGGUGUCUUUUUCUGGGGUGAUCUUCUGACUGGACAAGAACUAUGUCAUGGAUCAAGGAAGGAGAGCUGUCACUCUGGGAGCGGUUCUGUGCCAACAUCAUAAAGGCAGGUCCAAUGCCCAAACACAUUGCAUUCAUUAUGGAUGGAAACCGUCGCUAUGCCAAGAAGUGCCAGGUGGAACGGCAGGAGGGCCAUUCAAAGGGCUUCAACAAGCUGGCUGAGACUCUGCGCUGGUGUUUGAACCUGGGCAUCCUAGAGGUGACGGUCUAUGCAUUCAGCAUUGAGAACUUCAAGCGCUCCAAGAGUGAAGUAGAUGGGUUAAUGGAUCUGGCCCGCCAGAAGUUCAGCCGCUUGAUGGAAGAAAAGGAGAAACUGCAGAGGCAUGGCGUAUGCAUCCGGGUUCUGGGCGAUCUGCAUUUACUGCCCUUGGAUCUCCAGGAGCUGAUUGCACAAGCUGUACAGGCCACUAAGAACUACAACAGGUGUUUCUUGAAUGUCUGCUUUGCAUAUACAUCCCGCCAUGAGAUCAGUAAUGCAGUGAGAGAGAUGGCCUGGGGAGUGGAGCAAGGCCUGCUGGAUCCCAGUGAUAUCUCUGAGUCUCUUCUCGAUAAGUGCCUCUAUACUAACCACUCUCCUCAUCCCGACAUCUUGAUACGGACUUCUGGGGAAGUGCGGCUGAGUGACUUCUUGCUCUGGCAGACCUCCCACUCCUGCUUGGUGUUUCAACCUGUUCUGUGGCCGGAGUACACAUUUUGGAACCUCUUUGAGGCCAUCCUGCAGUAUCAGAUGAACCAUAGUAUGCUUCAGCAGAAGGCCCGAGACAUGUAUGCAGAGGAGCGGAAGAGACAGCAGCUGGAGAGGGACCAGGCUGCAGUGACAGAGCAGCUGCUGCAAGAGGGGCUCCAGGCCAGUGGGGACGCCCAACUCCGACGGACACGCUUGCACAAACUCUCAGCCAGACGGGAAGAGCGAGUCCAAGGCUUCCUGCAGGCCUUGGAACUCAAGCGAGCUGACUGGCUGGCACGUCUGGGCACUGCUUCAGCCUGAGUAAAGCUGGCCACCUGCCACUUUGCCCUGCCCUCUGCCUCCAGCGCCCCAUUCCUGUUUCUUUUCUUGGUGAAAGGCAUCUCCCUCCUGA